AUGUGGCACUUAAGGUUGUCAAGCACGUCAUUCGACCCAAGGGUGGUUUAUGAUGGACACCCUACAUUGUUUACCAUCAAGCUACAUCAUGGAGGUGAGUUCACAAAGUUUCCAAAUGUCAACUACAUUGAGGGUACUGUGACGUAUGUAGAUAUGGUGGAUAUAGAAGAGUUUUCUAUUCACGAGAUGGAUGCGAUUAUGAAAGGGUUAGGAUACUCAGUUCCUCCGUAUGUGAAGGAGCAUAAACUGAUAAGGGUUUACACCGAGCAUGGUAUUACUAACUUGCUUACUUACUUUAUGGCUCCUAAACCUGUAAGAAAAGUUAUUAUUGAGCAAUUAGAGGAGAUCGAUGAACAUCAAACCCCACCAACUAAUAACCAACCCAGUGGCAUGCCACAAACAUGCAUACCACCUGUGAUAGCAAAUGAAGCUGCUUUAGCCUUGUCAAUAUCCCCUGAAUAUAAUAAAAAAAGGGAAUUUAUCAAGGACAAACCAUUAUCAUCAUGUAUUAAGAAAUUGGUGAUGGAUGAUGUUAGUGUUGAUAGGAUUGGUGGGAAUAAGGAUGAUGCAGAUAAUGAAAUUGACCACGGAUUUAAUGAAUUUGAUGAGGAAUGUAAUGAUAUUAACCGGGAUUUUAAUGAAUUUCAUGAGGCAUGUAAUGAUAUUAACCAGGGAUUUAAUGAAUUUGAUGAGGCAGCUAAUGACUUUGAUAUUGGAUUGUACCAACAGAUUUUACAGUCUAAUGAACAGAAUGUAGAUGAUGAGGUUCAUGAAGGUGAGGAAAAUACAGUUAAUAAGGAAGUCACUGAAGAAGAGAAUCAUGACAGAAAUGAAAUGAAUGAUGAGAAUGUAGAGAUGAGAGAUUUUGCAGUUGAUGAUGGAAGUGAAGAUAACAUAGAGAUUGAUGAAGACAAUACUGAAAGAAGUGAUGAGAGUGAGGACAGUGAUGAUAGUGAUUUCUGGGUGGAUGAAGACAACAUCAUCCCUGAUGUAGAAGUAGACAUGAGGGAUUUUUACAUGAAUAUAGAUCUUGAAGCAGAAUUUCUUGAAAAAAGAUUACCAAAGCAUAGAGAGAAUGACAGUGAUGAGGUCAAUGAAGAGUUGGGUGUUAUAGAUAAUGAUCAAUGGGAUUCAUUGGAUGAGGGUUCUGAUAUAGAUAGGAAAAGAAGAGCUGUAAUAAAGGAAUUGGGGAAGGAGACUAGGAAUAUAUUCUUUGUGAAAAACGACAAAAUGAGGUUAAGGGCAAUCUGUAAAGGAACUGUGGCCUUUAAUGAUGGUCAUGUCAGUGAACCUACCCCUUGUCCUUGGGUGAUACAAGGUUCUAGGUCAGAUGUAAAUAGUAAUUGGUUCAUAAAAACUUACAACCACGAACAUAAAUGCCUCCAGACAAGAAAAGUUAGAUCUGCAACAGCAAAGUUUAUCUCUAAGCAGAUAAUGGACCAGAUUGAAUCCAACCCAACAAUCCCAGUCAGAGCUCUUCAAGAACAACUUCAAAAGGAUUAUCAAGUUGGAUUCUCUAUUCACAAGGUAUUCAGGGCCAAAUCAACUGCAAAAAAACUUGUCCAGGGUGAUUACAAAAAGCAAUAUGAUGUUCUUAGAGAUUACAUCCUGGAGUUGCAGUCUACUAAUCCAGAAACCACUGUGAAGUUAGAGUUUGAUUCAGAACCCAACCUAAGUGCUACCUCAAGAAGGUUUAAAAGGAUGUACGUGUGUUUGGGUGGAAUGAAAAAGGGCUUUAGAGCUUGCCUGAGGGAUUUUCUAGGUUUUGAUGGGGCAUUUAUGAAGGGCCCUUUCCCAGGACAAAUUUUAACUGCAGUUGGGGUAGACUCCAACAAUGGAAUAUACCCCCUAGCUUAUGCCAUUGUUGAGACUGAGAACACUGACAGUUGGAAGUGGUUUCUAGAGUGUAUUGCAGAUGAUCUGGACCUACAUGCAAACUCAAACUUCACAUUUAUAAGUGACAGACAAAAGGGAUUGCAGACUGCCAUUUCUCAGUUGUUCCCAUGUGCUGAGCACAGGUUUUGCCUUAGGCAUAUACAUGACAAUAUGAGAAAAACAUGGAGAACUAAUGAGUACAAAGAACACUUGUGGAAUUGUGCUACAGCAACAACAGUACCAGAGUUUAAUCAUAGGAUGCAUCAAUUCAGCUCAUAUGAUGUAGAAGCUUAUAAUUGGUUGAAGCAGAUUCCCCCACAACAUUGGGCAAGAAGCCACUUCACAGGCAGAGCAGUUUCAGAUAUGCUUCUAAAUAAUCUUUGUGAAGUUUUUAAUAGCAAAUUGAUUGAGGGAAGGGACAAGCCACUGAUAUCCUGCUUGGAGUACAUUAGGGAGUAUAUGAUGAAAAGAAUAUGCAAUGUCAUAAAGGUUCAAAAGAAGUGUGUUGGUCCACUAACCCCAUCUGCAACAAAGAUCAUGGAGAAGAAUGUGAAUUGGGCAUCUCAGUACACAGUUAGGUGGAAUGGGUCAGAUAAAUACCAAGUGCAAGGGCCAUGGCAGGAUCAACAUGUUGUUGAUAUGGUUGAAAGAGUAUGCAGUUGUAGGAAGUGGGAAUUAACAGGACUCCCUUGUAAGCAUGUCAUUGCAGUCCUAAAUGACAAAGCAGAUAAUGGUGAGGAAGUUGGAGAACUGCACACUUAUGCCCACAGGGUGCACUGGCUAGAAACAUGGAAAGCAGCUUAUGUGUACAAAGUAGAGCCUAUUAAAGGUCGAGCAAUGUGGCCUAUAAGUGAAUGCCCAAUUAAAAUCACCCCUCCUAUACACAAAAAUCAGCCUGGAAGGCCAAAGAAAAAGAGGAGGCACUCUGCUGAGGAGAAAAGCCAGAAGAAGGGAGACAAUGUUGCUAGUGGUAGUGGGAGUCAAAGCAAUAUUGCUAGUAGGAGUGGAAAGCUUACAAGAAAGUUUAUCCAAGUAACCUGCAGCAAGUGUAAAAUUAAAGGGCACAAUGCUAGAACUUGCAAAGGCCAAGGGGGUAAGUGAUUGGAUUUCAAGGGAUUUUGAUGUUUGUAGGGGUAUAAGUGUCUUUUUGGGAUAAUGUUAUGUUUAUGUGUAUUGUAUGUUUAGUACUUUCUGUGUUUUGGGGUUUAACCAUUUUGGAUGUUACUUUUGGUACUUGAUAGUGUACCCCUGUGAU